CAAAACUCAUACUCUCUUACGAUCCAACCUGCAAAUCUAGCUGAAAAACCCUUCAAUUUCAUCUCCAUCUCUCUUGGGAUUGUUUUUGUUGAAGCUUUUUAAAUUUUCAAGGUCCAGAAUCGAAUGGUUUUCCUUUACUUGUGAUGGGUUUCAUACCGUGGCAGCGAGGGACAAGAACAACGACGGCUCGUGAGGGAGUUGGAGUUGGUGUUCAAACCCCUACCAACAAGAAAAGAUGGUCGAAUCUGAUGCCCAUCUUUGUCACAAUCGUGGUUCUUGCCGAGAUUGCCUUUUUGAGUCGCCUUGACAUAGCUGAGAAAGCUGCCAUUGUCCAUACUUGGACCAACUCCUUCUAUUCCUCUGAUUCCACUCUGUUGUCGACCGUCUCUUAUUCGUCUGUCCAUGGGGCUGCCUCAGUUUUGCCAUUGCCAACACAGGUAGAAGCUUCAUCUGGUGCUGAUAACAACGACGGGACUGAGAAUUGCAAGGAAUGGUUGGAGAGAGAAGAUGCUGUGACCUAUUCUCGAGACUUUCAGACUGAACCCAUUUGGGUUUUGGAUACAGAGCAGGAGUGGAAGACUUGUGCUGUAAGAUGUAAGUUUGGGAUUGAUCAUCAGUCGAAAAAGAAGCCUGAUGCUGCCUUUGGUUACCCUCAAGAGAGAGGGAUAGCUAGUGUUCUUCGGUCUAUGGAAUCCUCUCAGUAUUAUCCAGACAACAAUGUUGAUCAGGCACGACGGAAAGGGUAUAAUGUUGUGAUGACAACUAGUCUCUCUUCAGAUGUUCCUGUUGGUUAUUUCUCGUGGGCAGAGUAUGACAUCAUGGCACCUUUGCAACCGAAGACCGAGAAAGCUCUUGCAGCUGCCUUCAUUUCCAAUUGUGGGGCUCACAACUUCCGUCUACAGGCUCUUCAGGGUUUAGAAACAUUGAAUAUCAAGAUAGACUCUUAUGGUAGCUGUCGUAGGAACCGUAAUGGAAGAGUGGACAAAGUGGAGGCACUGAAGCGUUACAAGUUUAGCUUAGCUUUUGAAAAUUCCAACGAGGAGGAUUAUGUCACAGAGAAAUUCUUUCAAUCUCUGGUUGCUGGAUCUGUCCCUGUGGUUGUUGGUGCUCCUAAUAUCCAAGAAUUUGCUCCAGCUCCUGGUUCAGUUUUGCAUAUUAAGGAGCCAAGUGAUGUUCCUUCAGUUGCCAAGACAAUGGAGUACCUUGCACAAAAUGCUGAUAGAUAUAAUCAAUCCCUAAGGUGGAAAUAUGAGGGUCCAUCUGAUUCUUUUAAGGCUCUUGUGGAUAUGGCUGCAGUCCACUCCUCCUGCCGCCUUUGCAUUCACCUUGCAACAAAGAUCCGGGAGAGUGAAGAACAGAAUCAGAAACGUCCCUGCAAGUGCAUGAAAGACUCAGAAACUGUGUAUCAUAUUUAUGUACGAGAAAGAGGGAGGUUUGAGAUGGACUCGAUUUUCUUGAGAUCCAGCAAUUUGACCUUGGCGACAUUGGAGUCUGCGGUUCUCACCAAAUUCAACUCUGUGAAUCACAUACCAAUAUGGAAAGAGGAGAGACCUGAGAGCAUCAGAGGAGGGGAUGAACUUAAAAUCUAUAGAAUAUAUCCGGUUGGCUUGACACAGAGGCAAGCAUUAUACACUUUCAGGUUCAAUGGAGAUGGUGAUCUGAGGAAUUAUGUUGAAAGAAACUUAUGCGCAAAAUUUGAAGUCAUUUUUGUCUAGAAAAAGAGGAAGAUGUGGCUUCUAGAGCUGCCCUCGUUUUCUAGCUUCAAGCUAUUGAAUCGUUGGUGUCUUUUUCAAAGAAUUUACAGCUCCCUCAGAGGGAAAUUAACAGGUUGUAGAGUGAUCUGAUAGGAAUGCUUAGAAGGUAUAUUGUAGUUGUGUA